UUACCGUGGAAACGCGUAGGCAGCGUUGGGUGGCAAUGUGCGUGCUGUGCAAUAUGGAAAAGAAGAUGGAGGAAAACGUCAGAGACCCCGAUACUGGGAGUGAGGCUGGAGGUGAGGACUCUUUAGUGGGCAAUGUGAGCAAGCUGCAGGUCACCCCACCUGGCUACACCAGCCUGCCCAGAAAGGGACACCUCGUCUUUGAUGCCUGCUUUGAGAGCGGUAACCUGGGACGGGUGGAUUACAUCAGUGAGUUUGAGUUUGACCUUUUCAUCCGGCCAGACACCUGCAAUCCACGAUUCCGAGUCUGGUUCAACUUCUCUGUGGAAAACGUACGGGAGUCCCAGGCCCGCCAUGCAGCUACCUUCAGAGCUACAGUGUCGGAGGACCACACAGCUCUACUCUGCUUACAGGCAGGCCCGCAGGUGCCUGGCCAGUCUACAGGAGUCGCUGGUGAGCGGUAAACCAAGGGCACCCUGGCCAAUCUAAGCCCUCCCCACCUUGGGCGGCGCUCGGACAAAUGUGCGCCACCCCCUGGCUGGCAGUGGAAUAGCCUGGACCCAAACCAGCUAUCUCCAGGCUAUAGGGUGCAUCCUGCACUCCACGCGGAGUGCCUUUACUGGAUGCACCACUCGGGAGCCCUGAAAUACCUAUUUUCAGUCUGUGAAAUAUCUUGAAAUACCUAUUUUUAGUCUGUGAAAUGCCAUGAAAAAAAUACAGCUCUAGCCCUACUUACACAUUUAUAUCAGCAUAAAUAUACACACAGAAAUGUAAAAAUCUCUUCUUUUUUUUUUUUGCAAUAAAAAUCAAAGAAGACAAUGGCGCUGGAUAUUUCUUAUUAAUUCAGUCUGAUUUGCAGCAACAAAAAAAAAACGUGAUUUAAAAAAAACCUAAGCAGAGCAUUUGCUUGUUUGGAAACAUGCACUGGAGUCCUCCGCACAUUUGCAUUUUCAUUCUAUUCAGUGGCUUCUACUUAUUACUCUAAAAUUGUUUUUGAAUCUCUAAUUCCCUGGAUGUCUUGCUAUAUUGAAUGCUAUUUGCUUUGUAUUAUUGCUGCCGGGGCUGCUGCGAGAGUUGCUGUCAAUCUACAUUCACGGCUAAUGUUGUUAACUAAAGGCAAUAUUGUUGUUUUCAUUGUAUGCUGUCAUAAACAUUUGACAAUUGGCUGGGAAACACGCUGGAGCAUGCAAGCUCAAAAUUCAGACCCCUGAAAUGAGGAAUUGAAAGUUAGAUAGAGAGCUCUAUCAGAGUAGGAUGUCAAGUGAGCAGAAAGGAAAAUGUCAGUAAACAUGAAAACGAGUUGUACGAGUUAGUUUAUUUAUUAUUAUAACACAAGGAAUAAUGAACACACAGCUGUACACAAUAAGCCUGUAAUUAUGUCAAAGGAUUCUGGUGACGUGACAAACUCCAAGAGAGAAGCUUGAGCCAUCGGAACUCUGAGAUGGAUUGACAGACUUGUAUUUGCAAUUUUAGUAGAAUUGUGUUGUAGCAGAUUUAAAAAUAUGAGGAUACAUUAUAGAACAUUAUACAUUGAAGAAGUUUAUUAAGGGUUUACAUUAUUCUACUUUUAGCAAUAUUAAUAUUAUUAUUGGUAGUGGUACAAGCAGAAAUAACACCCAGUUAUAACACAUAGUCUUACCCAGCCAGCAUUCAUCAUUAGGUAAUCAGAAGCGUGAAUUCAUCCUGAUGGGAGAAAAACAAGUUCUGAACACCUGCUUUACAGACUAAGUCUCGUCAAGACGGUCUACAGAGAGCGAUCUCUUUAAUUAUAGACUCUGUAUAUAUUGACAGCGGCCAGAUUUCAACAAAACAAUAACUGGAUAACCAUAGGUGUCUACGUGAGGACCGCUGUGCAACAGGCAGCAGCAACAGGUAGCAGCCCUUGGCACUCUGCACCCACUGUCAUAGUCAGGUAGAGCCAGUGUGGCAGUUUGUCAAUGGAGCAAAGCAGCACUUAUUCACGGUGCAGCUGAUUAAGUGCCAGCGAGUGCCCGGGGGGAUUUCUCGUUGCUGCUUUAUUUUCUUCCUCCUGUAGAUGACUUGGCUGCUUCCUCCAUGAAUUUUUCAUGACUUCCCCAAAGCAGGCUCCCCUGCCAUGCAGACAGAGUGAUACAGUAUCGAUCUGACUCCUGCCUUUUUAUUCUCCACUGCCUGCCGGCUCUAGCUUGUGAGUCGUGGUCCCUGAAUUCUCAUCAGAGAUUUGAGUUUUAAAUCUGAAAUAGCUGCUGUAAGUGGAGCCUGAUGUUGCUCUCUGUUACCUGUGUCAUGGAAUUAUUACUAACAGGGGACUUUUAUUAUUAUUAAGUUAUCUUAGAAUCUGAUGGGUUUGUUCAGCUUACUGCCUUGCAAUCAAGGUGACCAAGUGUUGAUGUUCAACAGCAGAUCAGACAUUUAACUGGAGAGGCAGUGCUUAAGCUGUGGGAAGCAACAUACCCUAGUGAUAGCAGAUAGAUGCUAGGCAUUGUGACCUGGUGGUUAGAAUUGUAGUUUAGUAUUCUGACAUCUUGGUUAGAGGCGAGUGCAUGAAUAUGGUUACAUAAUUAGAUUUGCACUAAUAUAUUAUUUCCUAUUUAACUCAACGUUUCAUCAGCUGAUUCGGUAAUUAUUCUCACAUUUAUUCAUAGAGAAGCUACUCUCCGAGUGGAGUCUGUAGUGUAGACUGACACCAAAUUUCAGGAGGGGCAGAGACAAUAGCUUCAUAUUACAGACUCAUCAGGAAUUCUGGGUUUCAGAAUCAAACAAUGACAUUUGUAAAUGUCCAUUGUGAAUUCCAUUGCCAAUGAUGUCCUUUUUGUAUCCUGUGUGACUGACAGUGUAGUCAGUCACACAAGCAUGACUAUGAAUGUCUAUACAGUAGGUGGGUGCAGACAUGUAUUCCAGUGUGCUUGGAAGAUUAUAUUAAACAUUGCAUCUGUAAUGAGCAGCAUGAUUACAAGUGGCUUGAACUGUCCCUUAUUGCAAAGUGUUAUCUUUGAAGCAGAGCCUUCUUCAUCAUGUAAUGUCAAUGGCAUGUACAUGCUGGUGUAAAGCCUACUGCAUAUUUAGAGAAAAUGUUACAGAGAAUUAAUUAUUUACUGAUCACUAAAAAAUAAAAUAUUGCUUUUGCUUGUUACCUCCCAUUUGAGGGUGUAUACUUUGCUGCACUGGGGGUGCUGGGAGUAAAAUUGGUACAUCAGCACUCUGCACCACCUAGCUAUGUUAGAUAUGCAAUUCCAAUGUAUUGUGAUGAUGUUACAGGCUGCUGAAGAACUGUGAGCUAAUUGGGAAUGCUCACAUUGUAAAUUUAUUACAAAGUCAAUGGUAUCUAAAUAUGGCAGUAUUGCCUCACUCUUGCUGUUGGCAACUGUUUAUCCUUAAUGCUGAAUGGAUUCAUGUUUUUUUUUUUUUUUUUUUUUUACCUUACAGCAAGGUAUCUACUAUGUUUGAGAAAACAAAUUGUAAAGCAUGUAUAUUAUAAUUUAGAGGGAUACAGGGUAGCAACGAAGGGAACAGAAUAAUAAUAUGCAAUUUACUACAGUCCACCGGGUACAAGAGACAAAUAGAAAUGGUAUUAAAAUGCAAUAAAUGGCCCCCAAGCAUUACCCAAUGUUUGUUGUUUCAAUAACAAAGCUCGACAGUGUUUUCCUCCUUCUUUCUUUUUCAGAAAGUUUAGCGGUUCAUGGUUUAAUUGUUUCAAGGAGAAAGCAGGCUGUUAAUUUUGAGUGUUUUUUCUCUGAUUCACUGUGAAUACUUGUGUACAGUUUAAUUUAGGAGUUUACCGGUCAAGGGAAGAGCAACUUUCUCCAAUUGUAAUCUAUGCCUACUAAAAAAAAUAAAUAAAUAAACAGUACUUUUGUCUACAAGUGACGCACAAAAAGUAUUAUGCAAGUUGUUUCAUCUUUAAUAGAACUACCAUAGGGUACAGUGUAUUUGCAGAAAUGAACUUGUCUAUUGUCACAUUCUUAUUUUUUCUGUGUAUCGAAUCAUA